CCCGCCCUCCCGCCCACCGCCCAGAAUGGCACGGCUGAACAUCCCGCCACUCACACGAACAUGUCUUCUCAUCUGCACAUGUCUAUCGAUCCUGACGGGAGCGCUGCGAUACCGCGCUCGGAUGAACGAACAAUCGCAGUCAGACAGUUCCGGAGAGUCGGAAGGUCACGGCCAGUUCUUUACCGUGCCGUAUUUGACCGUGGUACCUGCACUGUCGAUCGUGUAUCCGUGGACGUUCGUCACGAGUAGUCUAAUAGAGACGAAUAUCUUUACCUUGGCCAUCACUUUGGCGACACUCUUCUACGGCGGGAAGUACCUGGAGCGUGCUUGGGGUUCCGCAGAGUUCGGGAAGUUCCUGCUGGUCGUGUCGAUAGUACCCAACUUCCUGGCGUUCGUCGUCUACAUCGCCUGGUUUGCCGUCACGGGGAACAUUCUCAGAUCCUACACGACAAUAUGCGGCGGCGUAGCCCUCCAAGCCGGCUUCCUGGUGGCGUUCAAGCAACUAGUCCCCGAGCACACAGUGACGCUGUUCAAAGGCAUCGUCAAGAUCCGCGUGAAGCACUUUCCGGCCAUGUUCCUGCUGGUCAACACCCUCUCGGGUCCGAUCUUUGGCACAGAUGUGGCAGCGGUCCUCGCAUGGCUGGGGUUCUUUUCGAGCUGGACCUACCUGCGGUUCUACAAGCGCUCGUUCCCAGACCUAGGAAGCAACCAAGCCCCAUCGCUGAAGGGCGAUGCGAGCGAGAUCUUCGCGAUCUCUCCCACUAAUAAUGCCAACACCGCCAGCGCCUACUUCUUCCCGGACCCAUUGCACACGCCGAUCGCGCUGCUCUCAAGCAUAAUCUACAACAUCCUGCUCGCGCUGCACAUCUGCACUCCCUUCUCUGCUGCGGACGUAUCCGCGUCCAACUCGCAAGCGCAAGCCCGCGACUCCGCCAACCUCUCCACGCUGCUGGGCCCGCACCCGGGCAGCGGCGGACGAGUCGGCAGUGCCCGUGCCGAGGCGGAGCGCAGAAGAGCGCUCGCCCUCAAGGCGCUGGAUCAGCAGCUGCAUGCCGCCGCGAAUAAGAACUCCGGCUCUGGUGGUGGCGCACCGUCGGCGGUGUUGGGCGAGACGAGGCUGGAUCAUACCGACGCAUAGUUGGAGGGAUAGGGGGGAUGCGGUGUAGAUACUUGGGUGGGGGGAUCAUGAAUUUUUGUGUCUUGUCUUGUAAUGGGUUGGGUUGGGUCGGUGCGAUGUUCUGUACAUUUUUUCUUUCUUUUCCAAUUCCGUUCUGUUUUAUUUUUGGCGUAUUUGGUUGCGGACGGGAAUCUAUCAUAAUACCCUCGAAGAGGAUAGUGGGAGAGUGAGUACUCUAGGAUGUGUGUUUUUCUUUAGAGAUAUUAUGGGAAGAGAGAGUGUGUGUGUGAGAGAGAGAGUGUGUGUGUGU